UUACAUGUAUACGAAGAGAGUUGAAGGAAGAACCAUGGUCAUCCAUGAGCUUCUCUUGAAAGUUGUGGUGCUUGGGGCUUUAUUGGGUCCAUACCACAAUCACAAAGCAGAAGCUGAUGAUUUAAUGACCAAGCCCGGAUGCCGAAGUUCCUGCGGACACCUUGUGAUUCCAUAUCCCUUUGGAUCAAGUGACAGUAGUUCCGAUUGCCGCAUCGAUCACCCAUCUUUUACUGUUUAUUGUGACAACUCUACCGAUCCUCCCAUACCUUACCUGGAAAAUAGAAGUUCCAACUUGCAAAUACGCGACAUUUUUGUUGAGGGUCACGAGAUGCGAUUAACCGUUUGGACCGGUCGAGAUUGCUAUAACUCUUCCGGGCAUGAUUGGUCCUUUCCAUGGAUCUUCCUACCUAAAUUCCCUUUAUCCAGCACCAAGAACAAGUUCACUGCCGUUGGUUGCGACACAAUAGCCGCCUUCCAGGACCGCCGUGGGAAGUAUUCUUUCGGAUGUAUGUCUCUGUGUGGCAAUGAUUCGGAGGUCAACAAUGGGUCGUGUAGCGGUAUCGGUUGCUGCGAGACGAGCAUCCCAAGGAACACCUUCAACUACAACAUCUCGAUUGGGAGCUUUUCCAAUCAUUCCAACAUCCUGGGUUUCAAUCCUUGCAGCUAUGCCUUCGUCGCAGAAAUCGGAUCCUACAACUUCUCGGUUGGUGACCUUAAGCAGCUUAAAUUUAAAGAUCCCCCUCUAGUUGUCGACUGGGCAAUAGGGAGUCAAACAUGUGAGGAUGCCAAGAAGAACAACACAAGCUACAUGUGUACCAAGAACACAAAUUGCACUGACGCCCAAAACGGAUCUGGGUACAAGUGCACUUGCUUUGAAGGUUACCGAGGCAAUCCUUACCUUGAGGAUGGUUGUCAUGAUAUUGAUGAAUGUGUGGAUCCAACGUUAAACCAGUGUGAGGGAAAGUGCCUUAAUAUUGAAGGUAGUUAUACAUGUUCAUGCCCAAAGGGUUAUCAUAGUGAUGGCAAGAAGCGUGGUGGAGGUGGACAAGGAUGCAUUGCUAAUCCAUCACAUCUGAUGAAGAUUUUAGUUGGUAUUGCCGUGGGCAUAAUAGUGCUACUUUUCAGCAUAGGCUUUCUCUAUUUCGGAUACAAGAAAAGGAAGCUCAUCAAGCUCAAAGAACAAUACUUCAAGCAAAAUGGUGGCUUACUUUUGCAGCAACAAUUACAAGAAUGUGAUAGAACCACAAAAGCUGCUAAAUUGUUUAGCGCUGAAGAGCUAGAAGCCACCAACAAUUAUGAUGAGAGAAGAAUAACUGGCCAAGGAGGGCAUGGUACUGUUUACAAAGGGCUGUUGCCAAAUAAUAUGGUAGUUGCGAUUAAGAAGUCCAAGUUCGUGGAUCAAAGCCAAAUUGAAGAGUUCAUCAAUGAAGUCAUUGUGCUUUCUCAAAUUAAUAAUCGUAAUGUGGUCAAGCUUUUGGGAUGUUGUUUGGAAACCGAGGUGCCUUUAUUGGUGUAUGAGUUCAUCGACAACGGAACUCUCUUCGACCACCUCCACAACCCAAACAAAUCAUCGAAGUUGUCUUGGGAGACUCAAUUGAGAAUUUCUUUAGAAACCGCUGGAGUCCUAUCAUACUUGCACUACACGGCUUCCACUCCCAUAAUCCAUCGAGAUGUCAAGUCAGCAAAUAUCCUUUUGGAUGCUAACCAUACAGCCAAAGUAUCUGACUUUGGAGCGUCAAGAUUAGUCCCACUUGAUCAAAAACAAUUGUCCACUAUGGUUCAAGGAACAUUGGGAUAUUUAGACCCUGAAUACUUCCACACAAGCCAAUUGACAGAAAAGAGUGAUGUUUAUAGCUUUGGGGUUGUGCUAGUUGAGCUAUUGACAGGGAAGAAGGCGCUUUCUUUUGACCGACCGGAAGAAGAGCGGAGCUUGGCAGCAUACUUUCUUUCAUCAUUGAAAAAUGACAAAUUGUUUCAGAUUGUUGAGGAAGUUAUUGCAAACGAAGAAAACAAUGAGCAGGUGAAGGAAGUUGCCAAUCUUGCCAAGAGAUGCUUGAAAAUAAAAGGAGAGGAGAGGCCGACCAUGAAGGAAGUAACAAUGGAAUUGGAGGGACUUAGAGCAAUGGUUAAUCAUCCAUGGGUCAGUGGUAUCGAUGUGAAUCCAGAAGAAACAUUUCAUUUGCUGAAAGAGAAGACUGAAGUGUACAUGGAUAGUAUUGGGACCACGAGCACUGGAGGUCAUUGUCCCUGCGGACACCUUGUGAUUCCGUAUCCCUUUGGAUUGAGUGAUAGUAGUUCUGACUGCCGCAUCGAUCACCCAUCCUUUACUGUCUACUGUAACAACUCCGCCGACCCUCCUGUACCUUACCUGGGCAACAGAAGUACUAACUUGCAAAUACGCGACAUUUUUAUGGAGCGCCACGAGAUGCGAUUAACUGUUUGGACUGGUCAAGCCUGCUAUAACUCUUCCGGGUAUGAUAAAUCUUCUAGCAAUUAUCCAUGGAUCACCCUAUCUGAAUUCCCUUUAUCCAGCACCAAGAACAAGUUCACAUCCGUUGGUUGCGACACGUUAGCCGUCUUCCAGGACCGCCGUGGGAAGUUCUCUUUCGGAUGUAUGUCUUUGUGUAGCAGUGAUUUGGAGGUCAACAAUGGGUCGUGUACCGGUAUCGGUUGCUGCGAGACGAGCAUCCCAAGGAACACCUUCAACUACAACAUCUCGAUUAGGAGCUUUUCCAAUCAUUCCCACAUCCUGGAAUUCAAUCCUUGCAGCUAUGCCUUCGUCGCAGAAAUCGGAUCCUAUAACUUCUCGGUUGGUGACCUUAAGCAGCUUAAAUUUAACGAUCCCUCUCUAGUUCUUGAUUGGGCAAUAGGGAAUCAAACGUGUGAGGAGGCCCAGAAGAACAACACAAGCUACAUGUGCACCAAGAACACCAAUUGCACUGACGCGGAAAACGGAUCUGGGUACAAGUGCACUUGCUUAGAAGGUUACCGAGGCAAUCCUUACCUCGAGGAUGGUUGUCAAGAUAUUGAUGAAUGUGCGGAUCCAAUGUUGAACCAGUGUGAGGGAAAGUGCCAUAAUAUUGAGGGGAGUUAUACAUAUUCAUGCCCAAAUGGUUACCAUGGUGAUGGCAAGAAGGGCGGUGGAGGUGGACAAGGAUGCAUUGCUAAUCCAUCACAUUUGAUGAAGAUUUUGGUUGGUAUUGCUAUGGGCACAAUAGUGCUGCUUUUCAGUAUAGGCUUUCUCUAUUUCGGGUACAAGAAAAGGAAGCUUAUCAAGUUCAAAGAACAAUACUUCAAGCAAAAUGGUGGCUUACUUUUGCAGCAACAAUUUCAAGAAUGUAAUAGAACCACAAAAGUUGCUAAACUGUUUAGCGCUGAAGAGCUAGAGAAGGCCACCAACAAUUAUGAUGAGGGAAGAAUAAUUGGCCAAGGAGGACACGGUACUGUUUACAAAGGGUUGCUACCAAAUAAUAUGGUAGUUGCAAUUAAGAAGUCCAAGCUCGUGGAUCGGAGCCAAAUUGAACAGUUCAUCAACGAAGUCAUUGUGCUUGCUCAAAUUAAUAAUCGUAAUGUGGUCAAGCUUUUAGGAUGUUGUUUGGAAACCAAAGUGCCUUUAUUGGUGUACGAGUUUGUCAACAAUGGAACUCUCUUCGACCACCUCCACAACCCAAACAAAUCAUCGAAGCUAUCUUGGUAGACUCGAUUGAGAAUCACUUCAGAAAUUGCUGGAGUGCUAUCAUUCUUGCACUCCACAGCCUCCACUCCCAUAAUCCAUCGAGAUGUCAAGUUUGCAAAUAUCCUUUUGGAUGCUAACUACACCGCCAAAGUAUCCGACUUUGGACCUUCAAGAUUAGUCCCACUUGAUCAAAAACAAUUGUCCACUAUGGUUCAGGGAACAUGGGGAUAUUUAGACCCUGAAUACUUCCACACGAGCCAAUUGACAGAAAAGAGUGAUGUUUAUAGCUUUGGGGUUGUGCUAGUUGAGCUGGUGACAGGGAAGAAGGUGCUUUCUUUUGACCGACCAGAAGAAGAGCGGAGCUUGGCAACGUACUUUUUUUCAGCAUUGAGAAAUGACAAAUUGUUUCAGAUUGUUGAGGAAGUUAUUGCAUACAAAGGAAACAAGGAGCAUGUGACGGAAGUUGCCAAUCUUGCCAAGAGGUGCUUAAAAAUAAAAGGAGAGGAGAGGCCGACCAUGAAGGAAGUAACAAUGGAAUUGGAGGGACUUAGAACAAUGGCUAACCAUCCAUGGGUUAGUGGUAUCGAUGUGAAUUCAAAAGAGAGGGUUCAUUCACUGGAAGAGAAGACGGAAAUGUACAUGGAUAGCAUAGGGACAUAG